AUGAAUUCCUGUAGCUUAGGAGCUCCUAAAAUCAAAAUUUCUGCUACGAAUUUCAGAUGUGGAAACUCGUUGAUACCGAACAAUCAAAGACUAUGUAUUGGUCAAAGCUCCAUUAAGUAUCCGAGUCUAAGGACGACUCUGCGAUCUGUGAAAGCUAUCCAAUUGUCUGUUGCUCCACCUGCAGAAACUAAAGCUAUUACAGAUGUAGAAGAUUCUGAAGAGACUGAAUCAUCUGUUGUGAAUACUCAUCUCAUUCCCAAGUCCUCUGAGGUUGAAGCACUUAUUACUGAAGUCGCUGAUUCUCCAUCCAUUGCGGAGUUCGAACUGAAACUGGGAGGUUUCCGCCUAUAUGUAGCAAGGAAGUUAGCUGACCAAAGUAGUACACAACCUCAGCAAAUUCCGCAUGUGGUUACUGCAAGCGCAACUUCUGAGGGGAUGGAUACAAAUGGAUCAGCCACUUCUUCGUCAUUGGCUAUCACAAAAUCAUCGUCUUCUUCAGCAGAGAGACCCCAAACUCUCAGUAACAAAGCUGCUGAUGCGGGUUUAGUGAUUCUCCAAUCUCCAACGGUUGGUUAUUUCAGGAGAUCCAAGACGAUAAAGGGGAAACGCGCUCCUACAAUCUGUAAAGAGAAAGACAAAGUGAAAGAAGGUCAAGUUCUAUGCUACAUCGAACAACUCGGUGGCCAAAUCCCUGUUGAGUCUGAUGUUUCCGGUGAGAUUGUCAAAAUACUCCGCGAAGAUGGCGAGCCAGUAGGAUACGACGAUGCUCUCAUCACAGUCCUUCCUUCAUUUCCAGGCAUCAAGAAGCUUUAG